UUCAACUGCAAGCAAGGUGCAAAGCAAAGGAGAUGCUCGUGGCUACUUUUUGCAGUCCAGGUUUGCAUGCUUGGAAGUCUUUUUUGUGCGUACCACCACCAACUUUGGGCGGUUCAUCAGAGCCACUUGUAUCGCUCCUUCAUUCAUUCUUGUUGUCUCCUGGGCAUUACCGCGGAAGCCAAAGCUAUCGGACGGAGUAGGUUUCUUACUAGACAGCUAGAUAGAACAAUAGAGCUUCCAAUCUUUCUGGUUGUCUCUCCAUUGAAACUAGUCUUCUAUCGACAAUACUCCUCCAAGACUUUUUCCUUUUUUAGGCGAACGCAAACAAUCCACUCGAGUAAAGCUAAUAGCAAAGAUGGAUCAAAAAGAAGAGCCAGAAACUAAUGGUCCGCAACAACAAGACAGUCUGAGCGAUGCCUUGAAUGGUGCGAGCAACAUGCUGGAGCGUCUCUGGAAGUCGCAUCCAUGGCAAUCCGACGUCCCGGUGGAAAAGAAACCCUCCUUGGGACCUCCUCCUUCGACAGGUACUACCAAAGGGGCUAGUACUAUGAGCAUGAAUAUGAAUAGCAUGUGGAGUCAUCCUUGGAAAUCGACUACUACUAGUACUAGUACUACCGCCGCCGUCAAGUCACCCGAAAAGCCAUCUGAUUUGUCCGACGAAAUCUCCUUGGGAGAAGACGUAAUACUUCACAAGCAAAAGCAGCAAGAGGAAGAGGAAGAACGAGAACGAUUGGAAAAGCAACAAAUGGAAGAUGCCGCAAAGAAAGAUGAAGAACAAGCAGAGAGUCAACGAGUGACUUUCAAAGCAGAAAAGGCAGAAGCAGUCGAAUCAGUAGAAGCACCAGUUCCACCAAAGGAGGAAGAAGUCGCCACAGACUCCACUACGUCUUCUGCUGCUACUACUGCUACUACAACUUCCACCAGUCGACCUCCUACUGCACAAACAGUACAACAACAACCAUCACUCGAUUUGCUCGACAUUGAUUUUGACAAUCCCGAAGAUGCAGGCGCUCUCAAAGAAGCCAUUGGAGAAGAAGUUUUGGGCUUGUGGGAAUCUCAAGGACUCUACCAAGACUUGCCGGAAAUUCGACAAGAAAUCUUGAUAUCCGUCGUCGAAACCAAAUUCAAUGCCUUGAAAGAAGAACAGAAACAACAACGAGAGAAUCCUCCGGCAGUCAUGUUGGGGCAAUCGUUGAGCGAGUUAAAUGCCAUUGCCGAAGAAGGAGAAGAAGAUGAAGAAGAAACCGACGAAGAUACUAUUCCGCCACUAGCACCACUUCCACGACAGGACAAACUACAACCACCACUGGCACAACAACCCGUCAGUCAAGACGAACCACACCAGCAACCACCAUUAUUGGUACAACCCGUCAUUAGUCGAGACGACUCUGCUGGACCCAACACGGCUCUCAACGAUGACGAAAUUGCCGAACGAGCUUCUCUGGUCGUCGAAGAACUAGAAGGUCGACUCGCCAUGGUCGACACCAGUGAACAUGCCUUUAUUGAAGCCGAAGGAAGACUCGGAAAAUUGCCACCGCAAGAUGUCAAAAUCAAGGACAUUCAUGCCUUUAACAAGUACAAGUUACACGAUGCCGUCGAACGCCGCGUCUCACUCAUCUUUACCGGCGAUCAUCACAUUGUCGAACGAGAAAAAAAUUCAUCCGAAGAACUGCUGCUGCGACAAAAUUCCAUGCCCGAGAAUGACAUUAGUGAAGAUCUCAAAAAGGAACAUGCCGGUCUGUCACGACAAGCGUCCAUGCCGGCAUUGUUGCCAUCGUCCGACAACAACGAUGCACCCAACAAUGUGGCCGAGUUUAAACAACGUCUGAGCACGAGUUUCUCGGCCUUUGAUGCCUUUGUUAUGACCAAGCAAGAACAAGAACGAAAUGGACUGAUGCCGGUCGUGUCCGAUGACGAAUGGACCGAAUACGAAGAAGUGGUAGAAGAGGUUGUCGACGAAGAGGAAGAUAUCAAGGAGGAUUUGAAAGCUUUGGCCGAAGAUAUGGACGCCACUCUGAAACAAUUCAAUUCGGCCUAUUUGCCGCCACGGUCCGGUGGCAUGGCAGCUGCGGCAGCCACCAUGGGCAAGGUAGCCGAUGAGGAUGACGCCAUUGAAGAAUACACCGUCAUGGAAGAAACGGUCGUGGAUGAUUCCGAGAUUGAUGUCGACGAAAUUAGUGAAAAGCUCAUGCGCGAUGCCAGCAACAAAUCAGAAGCUGGUUCCACUGACGCCGCCAAGGGCACCCCGCCACGAAACAAGGUAUCCAGAACAGUCUCCAAAGACACGAGUUACAUGGAAGUCACCGUCAUGGACGAUACGGGUCACACGCAUCGCCAAUCCAUGGUGAGUAAGAGCGGUGUCCUGGACCCCUACAACAACAACAACGGCCAUCGACACUCUACUCGUAGUAGUGGUUUGGGUGCUGCCAUGGAGGCCUCCUUUCCCACGAUUACCACACAGGAUUUGGAUGACGAUGAUAUUACGCAGCUUACAUUCGAUCAUACCGUAGAUGGUGCUGCCAGCAUGACUCAGGAUCAUCUCAUUGCGAGUGCCUACCUCAACCGAGACAACAAAAACAGCAACAACAACAACAAUGCCAGCAGCAGAAGCAACAGGUCAAGACCUUCUCUUGCCAGUGGAAAGACCAGUCCUACUUCCAAGAGCAGGGUACCAGCUUCACCAGGCAGACAGUCUGCUGUCGAUAGCCAAUACACUGAUCCCACAGGAACAACAAUGCCAAUGGACGAGUCUUCCAUGUCACAGCGUCAUGGCGAGGCGUCGAUUGCCUCAUCCACUGCUGGUUCCUCCAAGGGAGCAGCGCUCAACAAGGCCGUUGCCAAGAUUCUUCGAGUAGACAUCUGGAGUCCCAAGGCCAGCCUUGUUUCUUCUGCUUUGGAACGAUUGUGUCAAGCGGCCAACCAUGGGUCAGCGCAGCGAAAAAACAUUGCUCGACUGGGUGGUGUCAUGGCGAUUGUUCGGGCCAUGCAAAUGCAUCCUACCAACGUGGCCAUUCAAGUGAAUGCAUGCGAAGCACUGGAACAUUUGUCCGUAGACCCAGACACUCAGGCCGCGACGACCGAAGUGGGGGGCAUGGCUGCCAUUGUACAGGCAAUGCAACGGCAUCCAGACAACCAACAGGUCCAAACCGCGGCCUGCAAGGCGUUGGCUCCCAUCACUGCUCCGAACAAGCACCACGGUCCUGCGAUAACAGGCAUGUCCGACUCUGAUGAUGAGGACGACGAGCCCAAUGACGGCGUCGUCAAGACGCUUGUGACAGCGAUGAACUCACAUCCGAAGGACACCGUUAUCCAGGCCAAGGCAUUUGGGGCGUUGGCCAACCUGUGCACGGACAACCAAGAACGGCUGCAAGAGCUGUCCGAAUGUGGAGGUCUCACUGCCAUGACCUUGGCUCUGCAACGGCCCUGGAAGUGCAAGACGGAUCAACACGAAGCAAUCUCGACACUAUCCAUCCUGUUGCGAUCACUAGCCGAACUGGACAAUUCUCAACAUUCCUGCUAAAUGUCGCAGUUAGAUACUUUUCUCUUAGUCUCCAUCAACACCUACCACCAAAUUACACAAUCAAUGAAGUGAUACAGCAAGGUCUCACUGCCAUGACCUUGGCUCUGCAACGGCCCUGGAAGUGCAAGACGGAUCAACACGAAGCAAUCUCGACACUAUCCAUCCUGUUGCGAUCUCUAGCCGAACUGGACAAUUCUCAACAUUCCUGCUAGAUGUCGCAGUUAGAUACUUUUCUCUCAGUCUCCAUCAACACCUAAACUACACAAUCAAUGAAGUGAUACAGCAAGCU